AUGUCAAGCAUCAUCAAACCAUCGAGCUUCAAUCGAUCUUCUCCGGUGAUAUUUCCAUCGGCUUCACCUACACCCAAGCUCUACAUGACUCCUUCAAAAAAGAUACCCGAAGUGACGCCAUGGCAGGAGAUGGCUUUUGAUGCCUACCAUAGUCCUAAUAUAUUCAGCUAUGAAGAUAGUAUACUCAAGAUGAAGGAAAGAUACCAAUUGUCAACAACCAUAUCACCCCUUUCUAUCAUCGACCCCAUGGAUGAUCUUGAUCCUCAAUUGAAUGAAGAAGAUCUACUUUCCUUCCCAUCAAGCGCUGAAAACGAAAUAAUCAUCGGAUCUCCCUUCAUUCCUUCACCGGUGCAAGAUCCGAUUGCUGAAAGAUUGAGACAGUCGACAGAUACUACAUCAAAUAAAGCACAGAUGAAAUCAAGCAAGCUAGCUUUUAGCAAAGAAUUUAUACAAAAGGUGAAAAAAUCCACAAUUGGCAUUUAA